AAUCCUAGAAAAAGCAACAACUUCACUAAUCACUUUCCUCCGUAUUUAUAGACCAAUUGAUCAAAUCUCAAAUCAUUCAAAUAUUUCCUGAAAAACAAAACCAAGAAUCAUUCAAAACAAAUAUCCUCCAAAAUGACCAAACAAUCUCCAUUCUCACUUUCAACAUCAAUCUUUCUCAUAGUUGCUCUCUUUACUGCAACAACUGCACUCAAUCCUGCGCCAGAAGACCCGAUUUUCGAAUUGUACAUGCACGAUAUACUUGGCGGAAGCAGUCCUACAGCAAGACCCAUUACUGGUUUGCUUGGAAACAUCUACAACGGUCAAGUACCGUUUGCUAAGCCUAUCGGUUUCGUUCCGCCAGAAAACAGUGUAGCCAUACCUAAUGCGAACGGCGCUUUGCCCACGGUUAACGGUAUUAACGGUAUUCCGUUAGGUACCGGUUUGUCUGGAACAGCGUUUUCUGGUCAGAAUCUGAACGGGAUUCAGACACAGUUGGGUCCUGAUGGUUUGAGUCUUGGGUUCGGAACGAUCACGGUGAUUGACGACAUAAUCACAUCUGGUCCUGACUUGGAGUCACAGCCACUUGGUAAGGCUCAAGGGGUUUAUGUUGCCAGCUCAGCCGAUGGAAGUACACAGAUGAUGGCUUUCACAGUUAUGCUUGAAGGUGGAGAGUACAAUGAUAAUCUCAAUUUCUAUGGGAUUUAUAGGAUUGGAAGCACCAUGUCACAUCUGUCUGUGACUGGAGGAACCGGUAGGUUUAAGAACGCUUGCGGGUUCGCAGAGGUUAGGCCGUUGAUUCCUGCAGGGCAACACUUUGUUGAUGGAGCAGAGAUGCUGUUGAGGAUCAUUGUCCAUCUUAAAUACUGAGAAUUGUUUUAAAACUUGUGAAUGAAUGUAUGUGAAAUGUUUGAUGCCAUUCGUAAAUUAAGAAUGUUUCCUUCUU